AUGAUCGAGGUGGUUUGUAACGACCAUCUGGGGAAGAAAGUGCGCAUCAAGUGCAACACCGAUGACACCAUCUGGGACUUGAAGAAACUGAUCGCAGCCCAGACUGGCAUUUGUUGGAAUAAGAUAGUGCUAAAGAAGUGGUACACAACUUUUAAGGACCACGUAUCUCUGGAAGACUAUGCAAUCCAUGAUAUGAUGAACCUGGAGCUUUAUUACCAGUAA